AUGGGGGGCACCGUGCUGAUGGGGUCGACGCUGAGCGGCGCCCAGGCCCGCAGGAUAGCCUCGAUGGCGGCGGCCGCCGUCGUCGACGAGUGGGCCGCGCCGAGCUCGGCACCCAGCGCGGCCCUGCAGGCCUUCCUGAAGUUCCCGGAGGCGCUCGCCCGCGUGCUGCCGCGGGCCACGGUGCGCUUCCGGCUGCGCGCCUGGCUGCGAGACGGGUGCGAGAGCGUGGAGAGCGACCUGCGGACCAGGGCUGCGCGCCUGGGGACGCUGCCGCCCACCCUGUUCGUCUGCUCGCAGGAUGACCUCCUCCUGCCCUCGCGGGCCGAGGGCGAGCGCCUUCUGCCCCUGCUGCGGGCGCGCUGCGGUGGCCGCGCGGAGCUGAUCCGGCUGCCAGGCGCGGGCCACGCGCCGCUGUCGGACCCCAGGCUGGACCUGGCCAAGCUGAUCCGAGAGUCCACCGUCGGAGCCGGCGCGAAGAAGCCGGUGGACUACGUGGGCAGCUACGAGGCGCCCACCCUGCAGCAGGUCGAGGAGGGCUCCGAGGGCGUGGAGGGCCUCGCGUCGACCUUUUCCCCCGUCUUCCUCAGCACGAGCGGUGACGGCACCCGGAGCUUCGGCCUCGACGGCGUGCCGGACCCGAGCGAGCUUGGGCGCCCGGUGCUGCUGGUCGGGAACCACCAGCUCCUCGCGCUGGACCUCGGCCCGCUCGUGCGGGAGUUCCUGGUCGAGAAGGGCUUCACGCCUCGGGGCCUGGCGCACCCGACCAACUUCCCCGAGCUCUUCCCCGCGGCCCGGAGGGGCUCGCGGUGGUGGGGGGACGCGGCCGGCCUGCCCUUCGAGCUGCGCGCCGCGGCCCGCGCCUCCCUCGAGGUGGCGCGCGGCUUCCUGGAGCCGGAGGGGGGCGACGGCCGCGAAGGCCAGGGCAAAGGCAAAGGCGGAGGCCGUGGCAAGGGCAAGGGCAGGGGCCGUGGCGGCGCGGGAGCGGGGCCCGCGGAUGCUGGCGGCCUCUUCGGCGGCAAUUUCCGCCAGUGGGGCGCAGUGCCGGUGACGCCCCGCAACUUCAUCAAGCUGCUGCAGCAGGGGGAGGCGGUGCUCCUCUUCCCCGGUGGCGCGGCGGAGGCGCUGUCCAGGCCUCGCGACAAGUACAAGCUGCAGUGGCCCGACAAGACCGACUUCGUGCGGGCCGCCGCCAAGUACGACGCGGUGGUGGUGCCCUUCGGUGGUGUAGGAUCUGCGGACAACCUGCAGGACCUGCCGGAGAACUGGGGUCCGCUCGAGACCGUCCGCUCGCUGCUCCCAAUGGGGCUGGGCGGGCGGUUCACCGAGGCCGAGGCCGAAACAGCGAAGAGCACCAUGGAGCGGUGGUCUCCCGAUGGCAUCGGCAGCGCCGAGUCCUCCAGGAUGCAGCUGCGGCUCCCAGAGGCGCUCCCGCAGACGAAGCUCUCCACGCAGGCGUCCGCCGGACUCGGCGACCGCUUCUACUUCAGCUUCGGCCGUCCUUUCGACCUGAAGGACUUGGACCCGCAGGAUGCGGACGGCUGCGCCAGGACGUACUCUGACUUGAGGGCCUCAGUCGAGGGCGAGAUCGACUGGCUCCUCCGGGCACGCACGAAGGAUCCUUAUCGCGAUGUCCUGCGCCGCCAGGUCUACGAGAGGAUCGCAAAUGCCGGCGGCGGGGGUCCGCCGAGGAGGAUCAAGGCGGGGCCCAACAAGGGCGGCAUUAUCCGGAGCUACGGGCAGCGGGCCCCGAGCUUCAAGCUCGAGGGGGUGGCGUGA